GGGGCUGGCGCCUGCCGCAUGUUUUCCUCCCACCAGCUCAGUCCGCCAGGUAGCUGGCGGGGGGAGUGGGAUGUGGGACCUUACACUCUCACAGAAAAACACAGCAGAGGACACUUACCUGACUCGGGGACAGAGAUAGAGCGAGAUCGCCGUCCAGCUGGAUGAAGGUCACCAUGCAAUCGACGAGUUUACACUGACAUAGGAGAGAGGAAGAGAAGUCACCGACCAGCACCUCUCUCUCUGUCUCACAUACGCACACGGUUCCCAACGGCAUUGGGGAUGAAGAAGUUUUUCGAUGCCCGGAGGGAGGGUGCGGCCGCUGCGGGAGGUGCGGCCGGACAGUCAGGCAGCGCCGGCGGGUGGUCCUCGUUCCAGGGUAAAGUGUACGCGGUGGGCCGCUACCAGGUGACGGUGGAGGAGCUGAUCGCGGAAGGUGGAUUUGCAAUAGUGUUUUUAGUCAAGACUGUCAGUGGUGUAAGGUGUGCUCUGAAACGAAUGUGUGUAAACAGUGAACAUGACCUCCAAGUUUGUAAGCAGGAAAUUGCCAUUAUGAAAGAUCUGUCUGGGCAUAAAAAUAUUGUUAACUACUUGGACUCCAGUGUUACCUCAAUAAAUGCCAGUGAUGUAUGGGAGGUCCUAAUUCUAAUGGAAUACUGCAGAGGUGGUCAAGUAGUCAACUUAAUGAAUCAACGAUUGCAUUCUGGCUUUGCUGAAAUGGAGGUCUUGCAAAUAUUUUGUGAUCUUUGUGAAGCGGUGGCGAGGCUACAUCAGUGCAAACCUCCAAUUAUUCAUAGAGAUCUCAAGGUGGAAAAUCUUCUACUUCAUGAUAGUGGUAGUUAUGUCCUCUGUGAUUUUGGAAGCGCAACAAAUAGAGUUAUACGUCCUCAGAUUGAAGGAGUCAGUGCUGUUGAAGAAGAAAUAAAAAAAUAUACGACACUGUCAUAUAGAGCACCAGAAAUGGUUAACCUUUACAGUGGAAAAUCCAUUACUACUAAAGCUGACAUAUGGGCCCUUGGAUGCUUACUUUACAAACUUUGCUUUUUUACCUUGCCAUUUGGAGAAAGCCAAGUAGCUAUCUGUGAUGCAAAUUUUACGAUUCCAGAUAAUUCUAAGUAUUCCAAUGAAAUGCAUUGUUUAAUUCGAUAUAUACUUGAGGCAGAUCCAGACAAUAGACCUGAUAUUUAUCAGGUUUCUUUCUUCACAUUUAGGAUGUCAAAGAGGAUGUGUCCAGUUAAGAAUGUCAGUAAUGUAUCGAUUCCAGUGAAAAUGCCAAUACCAGUAAAAACUAGUGAAGUUGCUGCUAAAAAGUCUCAACCACGAGCAAGGCUUACUGACCCAGUACCAACGACAGAGACCUCAAUAGCACCUCGCCAAAGGCCAAAAGCUGGCCAACCAACUCCAUCUUCAAGCAUUCUGACGAUUCAACCUGCUGUGACUCCAAGGAAGCGAUCUACUACACAGUUGGCCCCUCAACCCUCAGCCGCGCAGUUGGCCCCUCAAUCCUCAACCGUGCAGUUGGCCCCUCAACCCUCAGCUGCACAGUUGACCCCUCAACCAUCAGGAGUUCCAGCUGCAAACUGUGGACACUUUGCUCAAUUACUUGGCCAACAAACAAACAUUCAGCCAGUACAACCUCAACAACAUCUGCAACUGAAGCCACAGGCACAACUUUUACUUCAACAGCAGUAUUUGUUGCAACAACAUCAAGCAUAUUUCCAGCAACAGCAAAUACUUCAGACUGCACAGCGUUACCAAGUGAUGCAGCGGGCCCAGCAGCAGAUGAUGCAGAACUGUUAUCUUCAGCAGCAGUACACAACAGCCUUGCAGCACCAAGCAACUUUGCAGCAGAUGAUGGCACAAGUGUCUGUUCAACAGAUGGCUUUACAACAACAGCAACAGCAACAGGCUCUGGCACAUAUGCAGCAAAAGCUUCAAGCUCAACAAGUUCAGCCCCAAUCCCAACAGACAGCCAAGCUAUUAUCACUCACUCCACCAUCUUCACCAAAGAUGCAGCGAGCAGGCCACCGGAGAAUCGUCAGUGAUGUCCCAUUCAGUAGUAUGUUUGGAGUCCCUGCCAGUCGUUCCUCUCAACAACUGGCAGCAGCUGCUGCAGAAGCGAAUCUUUAUAAAUCAAAGUCAGCUUCUACAAGUCCUGCAGGAUCGCCCAAAGCCUCCGAGCAGAACAUUUACAAUCCACCAGAUCUCUCCGUUUGGAAUCCUUUCGGAGAUGACAAUUUUUCCAAGUUAACAGUAGAAGACCUUUUAGAUAAAGAGUUUGCUGAGCUUCGAAAUGAUAAAACUGCAGAACUGGAGAAAAUGCCCACUGAAAAUUUACUUCCAGAACUUCAUCCCAGGAUGACUCCGCCCCAAACAGAUUUAUUUGGGGCUUCACCUUUUGUAUCUGGAGCAGGUAACUGUACUGGGGAUAACUCAGUUUCACAUCCCAGCAUCCUUGCACCUGCUUCAGCUGACAGCGCUGACCCUUUUACCCCUACUGUAUCUUCUAAACAGACUGGUGGUCAUUCAAAGAACCGCAGUGGGAGUUCAGAGAACAGUCUUCCUGGUCUAGCUAGGUCUUUUCUGCUUGUGGAUCAGCUUAUUGACCUUUAAUGACCCUGCCAUUAACCUAUCUGCAUAUUAUUUGCCUGCACCCUUGAGUAGAAACCCCAUUCCAAAGAAAGCAUGGUAAAAUCAAAAUACCUCAGUUGAAUGCCACGCCUACCAAGACAUGAUUGUAACAAGAUGCAAUGGAGAUUCUACUAAAACAUAAAUGACUAUUUAUCAAGGCCUUCCUUCACCUUGUACCUGCCUGUGUGCCGUUAAAAUGCAUAUACCAGAAAACUGCUUGGAUAUCCUUCCACCUUUUAAAACCUGCCGAAAUCCUCUUCCUACCUUCCUGUCUUAUGUUGUAAUGAUUUUUUGCAGGAACUUGGCUCAAUAUACCUCAGCAUUUUUGUGCAUUGUAUGGUAAAAGUGUGCAUUGCUCUAAUAUUCUUUAGUUCCGCUAAGUGAUUGAUUAGUUAAUUUGAAACUGCAGUACUGAAUACCUUGUUUGUCUUUGAGUUUAAUUUUGUAACUUGGGAACGAUUUAGUUAACAGUGCCUGGAUUCUACUACCUGAACUUGUAGUGGCAUUGAGGACUGAUACUAACUUGCAUGACACUUACCUACGUACCAAUGUGAAAACAUGCAGCUUAUUUUGCACUGCUUUAAUUACUUUGCCUUUGUUUGCAAUGCAGUAAUAAUGUUCUUCAGUUAAUUGGUCACUUUUGCUGUCAAGUAUUUUGUAAAGAUACUUUUUUUCCCUGCUAACAUUGUUUUAAUUUCAUUACCUGAAUGUUAAUAGCAGAAUUUCAAUUGUUUGUUAUUUAGUUCUUCUUUCCAUUUGUUAUUUUGAAUUUCAACUUGAAUAACCUGUUUUAACUUGAUGUACAGCCAUACAAAUGAAGUUUCAUCUAAUCACAUGGGGCUAAGUAGCAUUGAGUGCAAUACAUCAAUGCUGCAUACAAGUAAUCUUCCAUAACAUGAUUUUAAAAGUUGCUUUUUAUUUGCAGUAAGUUCUUUAUUUUUGACUAGAGAGUAAAACAACCUUUGUUGAUGGUGUAAAAAAUGUUAUACGUUUGUCUAAUUCUAUCUUUCCUAUAUUUUGUUCUAAACCACAUGAGGAUUUUGAGAUUUCAAUAUAGACAGAAUUAAUCCCCAAAAUUUAUUGUACAACUCUUGGGAGUAAAAGAGAAAGUAAUCAUUUCCAUUUAUUCAGUAUAGAAUUUGGCUCUUGAUUUAGUCAGUUAGAUUUCAAAUGAUCAUAUUUUCAACUACUGUUUUUGUAGGAUUAUUAAUCAAAGUAGCUAUAAUGAAUACCAAAAUAGAAGCUUAGUUAUUUGAAUGAUGGCUGUUGUGUAUCUUAAAUAGGUGAUGAGCUUUUACAAAAGGUGACUCAGGUAACUUUGCUAGAUAAAUGUAGAUUAGAUAAAUGAAAUAGCAGUAAAGUUACAACUUCCAGGUUAGCUGUAAAUAUUUCAAAUAGGGGUGAAGAUAAUGAUGGAAUAGUCAUCUUCCUGAUGUCUUAUGUCUGAUAUGAGGACUGUUAUUAGAUGUCUCAAUGUGCAAUGUUGACUAUUUAAUAAAUUGCUUGUUUAACAGGGUUUUUUUAGAAUAUAAAGCUUUGCACUAUUUUUUUCAUUGUGAUUAAAUCUCAGGAUAGAUCCUGCUUCCCUGUUUAUCAAGUAGCUAUUACUGGUGGGUGUGAGCCUGAAGUGUGAUGCAGUAUUUCUGCACUUAUUUUGAAUGUGUUACCACUAGGCUAGUGUUGAAUGACUGCAACAAAUGGAUGACUAAAAUGUGAUUAUUUAAAACAUACAUAUGUUGUAAAUAAAUUUGAAAACAUUUUCACAUUUACAUGAAAUAUUGCUUUCCUGGUUUAUUAAUUUUGUAUAUCUGCACCAUGCUAUUAGUUGACUGCGGAAAUGUUUUAGAGUUUUGUGCUGUGCAAGAACAAGGGACAGUCUGAGUUAUGAUUGUUUCUACUAAGAGUAUAGAUUAAUGACAUUCCAAAUGCAGUCAAAUUUCAGGGACAAUAUCUUUCGUUUUUAAAAUAUAAAAAAGUGUCUCUGGAUAUGGCCAUCAAUCAUACUAGCAUUCAUUGCCAAUCCCUACCUGCACUUCAGAGGUGGUGCUGAGCUGCCACUUUGAACCACUGCAACUUCUGUAAUAAGGGUAAGUGUUAUUAGGGAGACAAUUCCUAGGAUUUUAAUCCAGUGUUGCUGAAUGAAUAGUGAUAUAUUUCCAAGUAAGGAUGGUUUGUGACUUGAAGCAAAUUAGAGGUGAUGUUCUCUCUCUUUUCUUGCUCUCUUUGUCCAUCUGAGUAACAGGAUUGUUGGUUUGAAAAAUACUUUCGAAGAAACAAUUUUGUAGUAUUUCUU